AUGUCUGCAUAUACCACACCCAUUCCUCUUAGCGGACGAGGCCUAACGGCAAAGCUUGUGCGCCGAACAGAGAUUCCAAAGUCCGAUAAGGAUGACGAGACCAGGGCCAUUGACAUUGUAGCUGUCCACGGCCUGACCCCCUGGGAGUCCUACACUGGCUCUUCCUUCUGGCUGCGCGAUUUCAUUGCAAAGGACAUUCGAGGGGCCAGAGUGUUUACAUUUGAUUACGACGUCAAGACAGUUUGGUUAUGCGAGGCACCACUGGAGGGCAUACAGGACGCGACCGGGGCUCUGCUUGCUCAAAUUGCUGCUAUUCGGGAAGAAGUCCCAGCGGCACGGCCUCUAGUGUUGAUCUGCCAUGGCUUCGGUAGCUUUAUCGUUGAAUCAUGCCUGAAUGAUGCCUUUACACACUUUCCAACUAUAUUCAAUUGCACUCUGGGGGUCAUCUUCCUUAGUACACCGCAACGCACGUCACCUGAGGUCCCCUGGGCGACGCUUUUGAUGCGUUGCGCGAGCGACGGUAUACCUCUAGGGUCGGCCCAGGUUGAACUGUCAUCUUUGGGAGACCUUGGUUGGGCAGAGAGCAGUGUAGUUGCUCUGCGCGAUAUCUCCGAGGGCUUCAAGGCAAAGGCAAAGGCAACUAAGAAAAUGAAAUUGCUUUUCUGCUACGAAGAUGUUCCGACGCCACCACAACAAGAAUGUAGUUUGAACGAGUACUGCGCAGCCCUUGGUCUUCGCAGCGAGAAGGUCGAGUUGAUGGUGGGUUGCAGUCACCUCUCCAUGGCAAGUUUCCUAAGCAGGAAGGAUGAGAACUACCAAAGGAUUGUCUCUGUCAUCAAGAAGAUUCGCAAGUCGGCAUUGAAAGAUACGGAAUCCACUUUUACUUUGGAACUUUCUAAAUCUGGGCGGCGUAAAAACGUUCAGAAAAUUCAGAACCCCCGGGACAUUGAGGAAUCUCAGGCCAUGAAUGUACAUGCCCUCCCGAGUACCUUGGUCGUGGGUCAACAGAAUGUCAGCUUCCAGAACACAGUUACCGUUACCCACAUUACCCCCAAAGUCACGCCAUUCUCGCCGGUGCCAAUGCAUGCAUCCAGUGCUUGUGAAUUAAGCCAUGGCACGUUGCCGGGUACCAUGAUCACGCUCACUCAGCCAGCGCCAGCCUAUGGCAGCAUCCAGGAUGCGUCAAGGUCCUCUAUCCCGACUCGUCCCGCUACUCCACAACUCACGCAAUUUGGUCCGAACUUGAAGAUUCCUAGGCGUCCUGUUGGCCUGCCCGCUAGGAAGCCAAUAUUUGUACCGCAUUCUACGUCUGGUCAAUUGGGACAGGAAAAACAACACUCUCAACGCCCACUCACCAACAUUGCGCCAAUCACUGCGCCAGAACCGAAUUCCUCUGCCAAGUCAGGCAAGGAGCCCAGAAGGCCGCACGAGGCCGGUCCUCUGGCUCCCGCAAAACUACCAUCGAAACCUGGAAAUGCGGCACUCAAGCCACCAGUAGUCCAUCAACUGGUCGGUAAUAAAGGCAUGCUCUCCGCCUCUCUCAAUAGUUACAGGCCAGACCAGGAAAUGCAUUAUCCAACUGCCCAUGGCAUACCAAUCGGUUCAUCCCAGCAUAUCGCCCCGCAGCCUAGUUCAACCACCUACCAAUAUCCUCCAGUCUCGCAUCCGCUUCCUACCAAUCAUCCUAUGGCGCAUACAACCGCAGCAAUGCCUGUUCAAACCAAGCCCCCAAAGAAAGUGGCAAAGCCGCCAAAAUUACUCUCAGACGCGCCAAGCACCAAACCUCCAAAGCUACCAGGGACGAAGUCGGUGCCCCAACAGACCCGUUCCCAGAAGAUUGAGCCAGGAAUUAGACCCACUCCGAUUUCGACUACCGCAGGUGGAAGAACCAUUCCCCAAAUCCAUCCAGCGCUUUGUUCAACCGCUGCACAGCAGAGUCUACGGGAACCGCAGCUACAGCCCAGCUUUACUCCACCCCCCAAGAAGCCCGGGCUUUUCAGGAGGCUGCUCUCGGCUGGCAAGGUUUCGCAACCUCCCCCCACCCCAACAGGCUCCAGAGUGCCCUCUGGAUCACAAGUUGGUCUACACCAGCCGUACAACACGUCCAAACCUCCGUCCAGGCCUCCCAGUUUAGGAGGCUCUGGAGCGCCCCCGGGAUCACAAAGUGGUCCAUACCAGCAGUACAAGCCGCCCAAGCCGCCUAAGCCGUCCAGGCCGACCAGCUUAGGAGCCCAUGGAAUGUACUCGGGACCACAAAGUGUUCCAUACAAACCUCGCUUGCCGCCGUAUGGCCCGCUGAGACCUGCACAAGGCCCACCCAUGCAUGGCCACAGUCCUCAUGGCCAUUACGGGCCAGGGCAGCAUCAGCAAUGGGCUCAUGGUAACCAAUGGGGCCAAGGCCAUGGUUUCUAUAAUGGACCAGGUCCAACUCCUACUCAUAUUACCAGUAAUUGUCUGAUGAUGCCAAUAGUUCCAGUUGGGCCUAUAAUUCCAGAGGAGCCAACGGGCCCCGUCGAGCCGGUAGAACCAGCUGAACCAACAGUUCCAGUUGCCCCAACUGUUCCAAUUGAGCCUACAGUUCCAGUUGAGCCUACAGCUCCAGGUGCGGCUAGCCUACUUGCGGCUCCAGGUCCAGUCAAGCCAACAGGUUCAGGUGUCCCAACAGGUCCAGCCGGGGCUACAGGCCUAAUUGAGGUGACAAGCCCAGUCAAGCCCGCAGCUUCAGUUGAGCCAACAUGUCCGCCUACAGGUCCAAUUGAAGCCACAGGCCUAGUUGCUGCUACAGGCCUAGUUGCUGCUACGGGCCUAGUUGCUGCUACGGGCCUAGUUGCUGCUACGGGCCUAUCCAAGCCAACGGACCCAGUCCAGCCUGCAGGUCCCCUCGAGCCUACAGAUCCAGUCAAACCGAUCGGUCCAUUCGAACAUACAGGUCCGGUUGAGCCUACAGGACACAGCUUUACUUAUGAUGAAAAUCAUGGACAGACCUGGAAGCCUGGUUAUAGUCAUGAUCUGGGUUAUCAUCCCGAAAGCCAAAGUAGUCAAAGCGGAAAUAUAGCCGCUGGUCUUACAGGUCUAGCUAUAGGAGCGGCUAGUGCAGCUAUUCUGAUGGCCUCUAUGAACCAUGGCAACGGUGACAAUGAGCAUAACGUCGAAGAGGUUGAAGAUGACAGUGGAGACGACAGUGAUGAAGAUGAAGGUGAUCAUGAUAGUGAAAUGGGAAAUGAUAGUGGUGAAGAGGGAGGAGAACACMAAGAUUAUGACAAUAGUGAUGAAAAUGGAUGGGGAGAUGAUAGCGAUGAGGAUAGGGGAGAAGAUGAAAGCAAAGAAGGCAGUGAUCAGGAGGAGGGAGAUGAAAGUGAAGAAGGCAGUGAUCAAGAGGAGGGAGAUGAAAGUGAAGAAGGCAGUGAUCAAGAGGAGGGAGAUGAAAGUGAAGAAGAUACUGAUCAAGAGGAGGAAGAUGAAAGUGACGAAGAUACUGAUCAAGAGGAGGCAGAUGAAAGUGAAGAAGAUACUGAUCAAGAUGAGGAAGACGAAAGCGAAGAAGCCAGUGAUCAAGAAGAGGAUGCUUACAGCUAUGGUGGAGACGAGGAUGGCGGAGAGGAAUAUGAUUACUAA